GGUGAAGUAACUCGUUCGCAGAGUAUAUCGACUAACCCUGUUGGAGAUCUACCCUCAAGAAGCGACACGGCAACAACAGCAAGUUCUGAGGUUCAAUCGCUAACAAAAACGAAUAUUCCAAGAACUUCGGAGUAUGAAGUCGCCCACAAGUAUCAUAUCCAAUCCCACAUCAACACUGCAACUCGUACUCCGGUCGUCAUACAGGCGGUACCUGUUCGGGAACUAUUUCGAUCGCCUACGACAACGAGGAAGUCGACAUCUGAAGAAAUUGCCGAAAAGGAAGUGAAACCAGUUCUCCUUCAACCUCGCUUCGUACAUUGA